AUGAGGGCAUUCGGUUUCUUCAGUUAUGGCUUCGGCCUCACGCUUGUCAACCUGCUUGGAUACCAGAUCUCCAGCGCUGCGGCAGAUUCAACCAAGAUUCACACAAUCGAAACCGUCGAUCUGUACCUUGCCUACUUGAGUGAUGAAGAGCUCGUGUCCAAUGGCGCUGCGGAUACCUAUACUAUCGCUCCUGACUGCGUAGGCGUAGCCGGCAGAUGCUCGUUCAAAGAGCUCAUGAUGUAUAUGGCUCAAGGCUCGGCAACCAGAGAAUGGGUGUCUGCGCCCAAGGAUCUCACUGCCGCGCAGGUCCUGUCUACAUCGCUGGAUGAGCUUUCCAAUGACGUGGGAGCUGGCAUGCUGAAAUUCACGAAGACAUACAGGGGAAAGACCACGACAUCGAUAAGGACAGCCUUCAAGAUGGUGGAUUGCGGAAAGGUUUUACCGGGAAGCACUAAAUACAACGAAGUGCUGGAGGGACUAGGGAAAGUUGUACAAAAGCUCAACAACUUUGGUGUGCUCACCCCGAGCCAGCAGCAGGUGGUGGACAAGUUCAAGUCUGCUUCAAACGCGAGUUGGCAACUUCGCAUUGCAGACAACGACUCUUACCGCAAUAAAGCCAUGGCCGAGGAAUGGGGACUGACGGAGGAACAAGUAUCCAAAGAAUUCACCAUUGACGGUCUGGAUGGAACUUACAGGAAGUACGACGCGGAGAAAGCAGCUGCAGCCGCGACGAAUGAGGAGAGAACGGUCACAGUCACGCAAGCCGUACAAGCGUCUGAUGACUGGGCGGACACAGAUUUGCAGGCAAGCAAACACAUGGGCAUGAUCAAGUCCUCUUCGGAGAUGUUGUCUAGCGUGACAUGCGUACUUCGGUAG